AUGUCCAUCACGUCCAUGUUCCUGGACCCUUUGCCAAAAGCAUCAUCGCCAAACAGCACGACCGGUUCAAUCUCUGGUAGCGGUAAUAACAUGGCCGGCCCUGUCAUUCCGUUGCAGCUGCAACGAGGAACCUGGCUGAGGAAGAUUUCAAAGAAGAAUCGCUCAAAACGCAUCUGCCUCGUUUAUGAGCGGGAAACAAACAAACUUGCGUGGGACCGACCCCGUCCCAACAAAUUCCUGCAUGUCGAUGAGAUUAGGGAGAUCCGCCUAGGAACAGAUAUCCAGCAGUACGCCCGCGAAUUCAAUAUUCCUGAAUGGGAGCGAUCCACCUGGUUUUCCAUCCUCUACACAAUGCCGGAAAAAUCUCCAAGAACGAAGCUCAUGCAUCUGAUGGCAGACAGCGUCGAGACUACUCAUCUCUGGGUCAACUUUCUCGAGGCCAUGCUGAAACACCGACAGGAUGUAAUGACGGCAUUGAUGACCUUCAACGAUAAGGCUAUUCAGCAAUACUGGCAAAACGAGAUGUGGAAACAGUACGGAGACCAGUCGAGGAUUGAAAAGGAGGGGGAGCUCAACAUUGCAGGCGUGAUGCGCGUGUGCCAAAACCUGCACAUCUACAGUUCUCAGUCAACUCUCCAGGCAAAUUUUAGACUCGCCGAUGCUCGACACCGCGAGGCCCUCAAUUUCGAAGAGUUCUCCGACUUUGUUCGACUCAUGCGCCAGCGACCAGAAGUGCAGCGCAUUAUUCGUGGCAUUGCUGCCAAACCUGACAAGGGCCUCACAUUUCCAGAGUUUGUGACUUUUCUGAGAGACACGCAACGUGAAGAGGUGGAUGCAAAUGUUUCCCUCUGGGAGAGACAUUUCGCAAAAUUUGUGCGCAAGCACCGUUCCGAUGUUCUGGAUGGCCCAGAAGGUUCUCAGGACACCGCGUACAUGUCCGAGGCUGCCUUUAACGGAUUCCUUGCCUCGAGACUCAACGGACCGCUGCCGGAUGAACCUCAGGGCUACACGCUCGACCGGCCCAUGAACGAGUAUUUCAUAUCUAGUUCUCACAACACUUACUUGAUGGGCCGACAAGUAGCCGGCCAGUCGAGCGUGGAGGGCUACAUCCGGGCGCUUGCCCAGGGUUGCCGCUGCGUCGAGGUAGACUGCUGGGACGGGUCCGACGGCCAACCUCAGGUCGUUCACGGACGAACCUUGACAUCGGCCAUUAGCUUCAAGGAAGUCAUGACAACCAUCAACAAGUACGCGUUUGUCAAGUCUAGUUUCCCUUUGUGGAUUUCUCUCGAAGUUCACUGCAAUCCUCUGCAACAGGCCUUGAUGGUGGAAAUCAUGAAGGAGGCCUUUGGAGCCAGGCUGGUUACGGAGCCACUGGAUCCCACGUCGGAUAAACUCCCUUCUCCCUCGGAGCUCAUGGAGCGGAUUCUCAUCAAGGUCAAGAAGCCGAGAGCCAACCAAGACGAAGGCUGCUUGCCGGCAGAACCCAUCAGCCGACGCCGCGGAAACAGCGUCAGCUCCCCCAUUUCGCGCCCCGCCAUCUUGGACACGACCACGUUCCCGCCGUCUCAGUCGCUUCCUCAGAGUCCCCUGCUGUCCGCCACGCAUCAGGCUCGCCGACUUGUGGGCAAGCCCCGCGUCAACACCAUCGCCGAAGGCGCGGUGCCUGACAUGCCCAGCAGCAGCACCAGCGAUACGGAGAGCGGAAGCGAGAUGGGGCCCUCGGUUCGAAGAUCGCAGAACAAGACGACCAAAUACCUCGGUGCUCUCGGUGUGUACUGCGCCGGCGUCAAGUUCGCAGGCCUCGAGGAUCCUGCAGCGAAGACGUUUAACCACAUCUUUUCCUUUAUGGAGAGCAGUUUCGCCAAGCAUUCCCGCACCAAGGACGCAAAAAUGGCGCUCGACAUCCACAACAUGCGGUACCUGAUGCGGGUGUAUCCGGAUGGUCUGCGACUUUCAUCGAGCAACUUUGACCCUCUCAUCUACUGGCGUCGCGGUGUGCAAAUGGCGGCCUUGAACUGGCAGACGUUUGACCUCGGCUUGCAGCUCAACAAUGCCAUGUUUCAAGGCGGCAAGGACGAGUCCGGAUACGUGCUGAAGCCGGCCGAGCUCCGAAACAUUCAGAUCCUGCCGUACAACUCCGCCAUCGCGGAAGGCAAGAAGGAGCGAUCUGUCGUGUCGUUUGCAGUCGACGUCAUUUCAGCCCAGCAGCUCAUGCGACCAGCCAACCUCGCGGCCGGCAAGCCAAUGGACACGUACGUGGAGGUUGAAGUGUUCCACGCCAACGACAAGCGAGACAAGAAGGAGGUUGGCUCGGGGCUAACCCACGCGUUGGACUCGCCUCUCAAGUUCCAGACGGACAUUGUCCGCGAGAACGGUUUCAACCCCAUGUUUGGCCAUGGACGGUUCAAGUUCACCGUGACAACCAAACAUCCAGAACUCAUCUUUGUACGUUGGUCGGUAAAGCUCGCAAGCUACGGCGAGAGCUACAACAGCAAAGACAGCGCGGCCAUUGCGACCUUUACGGCAAAGCUCAGGAAUCUAAAGCAAGGCUACCGCACGAUUCCACUUCACAACCACGCGGGCGAUCAAUACCUGUUCUCCACCCUCUUUUGCAAAAUCGGCGUCGAAAGCAUUGAAACCAGAUUGUUCGACAUUGCCGCCGCAGGGCAGGACGGCAGCAAGUUGAACCGCCUGGGGGGAAAGGUGUUUGGCCGAGCCAACACGAGCCCCCGCACCACGUUUGAGAAGAGCAACGAAAAGAACAGCUUGGACGGCCCUGUAUAG